AUUUACGGUGAUUAAAAGAAAAAUAUUAAGGUAUAGAAGAAAGUAGCUUUCUCUUCCAAACGGGUCCACACUUACUCUCACCAGGAACUUGCCGCCACCAUCCCCCGAUCGCCAUUGAAGUUGAAUGUGUGGGAAAAGAAAUGGUUGUUGAGGAUUUAAUUUUAAUUUGAACCUUUUUGGCGUGCAACAAUUUGUCGUCAACAUAAGAGAGGCGAAAGCCACAUGGGUUUUGUACAGAAUUCUCAAUGACGGUAUUUUUUGAUUGGAUGGGUUCUGUACAGAAUUCUCAAUGAUGCAGAAGAAUUUAUGAACAAGAAGAUGAGGAAGCUGGAAAAGUCUAAUGGAAAUGACAUUGAAGACCAAACAAAUUUGGACAGGAUAAGUAAUAUGCCCACGGAUGUACUGAACACGAUUCUCGUGCAUCUGCCGCUUAGAGAUGCUGCAAGGACUAGUGUCUUAUCUAGUAAGUGGAGAUAUAAGUGGACUAGCAUUUCAGAAUUUGUUCUUGAUGAUAAAUGCUUCUCGAGUUCUCCUCAUUGUGAUGACAGAUGGGAAGAGAUUAUGAAAAUCAUUCGUCAUGUUCAGUCAAAUCAUAAUGGCUCUAUAAAGAAGUUCAAGCUUGCUGCUUACUGCUACCCAGAACAUUCUCAGUUGGGUGAAUGGAUAGAGUUUGUGGCAGAGAAAGGUAUCGAGGAGUUAAGUCUUCAGGACUUCAUUUUUAUUAAGCGUUUCAAACUGCCAUCACAGGUCUUCUCUUGUCCACAACUAAGUUGCUUGGACCUUUAUGGCUGCAUUUUCAAGCUUCCUUCAAGAUUCGAGGGAUUUGCUUGUCUCAAAAGCCUUCAGUUGAACCAGGUUUCAAUCACAAGUGAAACACUAGAAAGUUUAGUUCAUAGUUGUUCUGUUCUUGAGAAACUGACGCUGCUGGACAUCGACCAUAUAGCUUCUCUUAGAAUCCACAAUCAAACCUUGAAGUACUUGAAAAUAGAUUCUGAAUUUGCAGAUAUCAGUCUUGAAAAUAGCCCGCUUUUAGAUAGUGUUGAUAUUCGCAUGGUCCCUUUUCAUGAGAGGAUCAUGGCCCGAUACUUGGAGCAGGGUAGAGCUUGUAAUUUGCUGAGGAUUUUGGGUGGUUUGGAUAGUGUUAGGAGGCUAAUUCUGUCCAGUUUCUUUAUCGAGUUUCUAGCUAAUGGAAACAUAACAGAAAGGCGCACUUUUGCUUUUAACCAUCUCUCAUAUCUUGAACUAAAGGAAGUGAGAUUUUGUUGUUUCAAAGAAGUCUUUGUUACCGUCUCUAUGCUUAGAAGCUCCCCAAAUUUAGAGGAACUUUAUCUCUCUGUUUCAGGCUCCUAUGAUCUUUCCAAACCUGUGUUAGAUUAUCUAAAAUCACAGUAUCUGUUUGAGUUCUCCUUCAACCGACUCAAAGAAGUGAGGAUCAGAGGCAUCUAUGGCACGAGGACUGAAUGGGAGUUUAUAAAGCUUAUCCUUGCUCGUUCACCGGUGCUUGAGACCUUGGUCAUUGUGAAAUUUGAAGGUGAUCGGAUACCUGAGUCACUGUUGUUCCAAACUGAAAGGGCUUCAGAAGAUGUGAAGAUUGUUACUUUAGCUCUGUAGACCAUGUUUGUAUAAGCAAACUCUGGAUUUCAUUCUUUGGCUCAUACAAUCCAAACAUAUAAUCAGCUUAGGUUAUCUGUGGUUUGGGUUUUUGUUAUUAUGACUAUCUUUUAUGCUUUAGCUAUGAUGUAAAUUUAGAAUAAGAUUUAGGGUACAUUAGUGAUGACAGUAGUGAAAAGUAAAUUUUCUCCUGGAUUAUACAUAGGAUCAUUCUGGCAUUUGAUGAUCUUCCAUUUA